AUGGAAACAAAAUUAGCUGAAUUCCGUAAAACACAUGCUCAAAAAAAACCUUUAAUCAAUUGGCAUGAAAUUAAUUCUCGUCUUGCAUCAGUUUUUUCAUUUUUAUCAAGAAAAUCUUCGGAAAGAAAACCACAAGAAGAAAAAGAAGAAAAAGAAGAAAAAGAAGAAGAAGCAGAAGAACAGUCUAUAAGUAGUUGGAAAAUAAUUUUACUAAAAUUUUUCAUAUGGUUAAUAUUACUUCUAAUAUUUAUUCGUCUUGAAUUUGGUGUUAUUUAUUUUAUUAUUUCUCUUCUUUAUUUAAUGUGGUCAAAUUUGGGUUCUCGUCGUCGACGUAAUCAAUUAAGUGCUUAUUCUGUAUUUAAUCCUAAUUUUGAAAAAAUUCAAGGAACAUUUUCAGCAGAAGAUUAUGAUCGUCAAUUAAGACGUGGUGGAUCACCAUUUUUUUCAUCAUAA